AUGAGACUGCAAUUUGACUGGGAUCUGGGACAAUAUAGCCAGACAGAAACCGAAAGUCGACGAAAAUUAAGCGUCAAUGCGCCGCCUUUAACGUCGUUCCCCGGAUUAUCUCAAUUCGUAGAAGCGAGCGCAGGUGAUGUAGACUCGAGUUGCAGUUCUAUAUCUACAACUCCGACGGAAAAUGGUAUUUCAUUAGAGGACCAGUUGAAGCCGCUUUUAAUUGUCAGUGAUACUGCCGAAUGCAAUAACAAUUUAUCGUGUUACCUCAAGGAAGCUGUUGACGGACUAUACGGUAUUCAGGAACAAGCCUUCGUCUCUGGUGACAAGGGGGAAGGACCCACCAAGCAAAAUUAUCAGCGAAUUUCACUAUUUUCACUCAAGUUAAUUACUCUGAAUCUCUUUGUGAAGAAUCAGAGCCUUUGUAUAGGCAAGCUUUUGAGCUUGUUAGCAGUCUUGGGUCAAACGUCUUGCUCCGACGACGAGACUAGGUACGAAGGUGAAUGCUUGAAGGAGUUUAUAUGCAUUACUAUUCUAUUGAUAUUGAAAAGUGCCAACAAUUAUGAUCAACAAGAAAGCCAAAGGUUGCUACUGAUGUUGGAAGAUCUAAAUUUUGUGGGAAUUAUAUUUAGAUUCUUAAUCUCUCACAUUAACAACAUCAAUAAUUCGAGUUCCUCGUACAAGAUUUUGAAGUUUGUGUGUGAUAUUGUCUUUGAGUAUCUCUACCAAGUAGAGCACUUGUCAGAUAACGAAUUUCAAGUUUUAUCGCUUGAAACCAGCUUGAUCCCAACAAUUAUCAAGACUUUGUUCGAUAAUGAUAGUUUUAAUAACUAUGACAUUGAUGACGACGACGAUAACGAGGGAGGAAUGGAUGAAUCUAAAGUGAUUGCAUAUGAGGAAUUUAAGUUAUUGUUGUUACUUAACGAGCAAUACCUUAUGAAGUCUUAUACCAGGCCUGAAAUUGAAAAUAAAGUCUUUACUUCUCUUCUAGAGCAACUGGGUAGUAGUGGAAGUAAUAUAUCUGGAUUCAUUAAUAUGGUUGUUUGCUAUCUAAACCGUGAAGAAUCGCAAAUUUUGAAGAUUUUAAUGUUGAAGUUUCUUUAUCUAAUUUUCACUACUUCAUAUACUAGUAAGUUAUUUUACUUAAACGAUUUAAAGAUUUUAGUUGAUAUCUUUAUUAGAGAAUUGAAUGAUAUGGACCUCUCAGGCAGUAUUGAAACUGCCAAUGAAAAUAGACUACUCACGAUUACAUACCUUAAGGUAAUGUAUCCGUUGUUGAUGUUCAGUCAAUUGAAUGAAUUAGAAGGAGGCUACAAAAAUGAGGAGAUAAUUGAACUAUUCAGUUACUUGAUAGUAAAUGCCAAAUCAUCUGGAAAUGUUGAUGAAACUACUGGUAGUAAGUCGAUCCAAGAUGAGCAAAAUGAAGUCAUUUCCAAGCUCGCGGUAAGAUGUCUAUCCAUUAACUGGCUUAAAAAGAGUAAUAAUAAUAGUCCAAUUCCCAAAAAUUCGAUUCCAAUUUCAAACAAUCCUGGUAAUAUAAAAGACAGAGAUAUGACACACCAAUCUAACAAUAAUAGUCCCAAUCUCUCUUCUUCGGCCACUCUGAAUUCAUCAUUAACUUACAAGUCUCGCCCAGGCUUGUAUCAAGGACUGACUAAUUCUUCUCAGGAGUCUAUUGGAGCUGCAUUCACUAGAAUUGCUUCUGUCCGUACGUCCAAUAAGAACGAUAUUCAUCGUACCACAACUUUGCAUAAUUUGGGCAAUUCUGAGAAGGAACCUUCAGCUACCGUUGUGCAAAACAAUAACAACGUUUUCCUUGCAAAAAUUAAUUCUUUACUGGUUAAAGAUGAGAAAGACGUAGAAGAAAGUACUAAUAUACUUAACCUUCCCAAAGAAUAUCUUGUUGACAAAAAAUCUACUCUAGCAUACAACAGCUUAAUAAGAAAGGCAAUUAUGAAAAAGGCACCUCCACCACCAUCAAGUUCUCCGUCGCCCAGGAAUUCCAACUAUUCACCAAAUAGCAAUUCUAGAAGCUCAACUCCAAUUAAUACUCCACCCCCUUACCCCAUCCCUAGUUCAAGGCUUAAUGCCGCUCUUCCAGCACUCCCAUUCCCUCCUCCACCGCCACCACCUAGACGCAGGCGUUAA